GAACGCGUUUCACCUCUAUUGCGCAUUUCAAUCUGUUAGCUAGAAGGGAACGAACGUUGUAAUACGUUCAUUCCGUAGAAGGUGCUGCGGCAACGCAGCACCUUCUUCGGAAUCAGUUAUCGAGUCAGCAGGAUAUUGCCAAUGUUCCAGCAGCAAGAUGCAAAGCAUAUGGAGGAAGAUCCAUAUUAUGCGAGUGGUGGGUAGAAACGGUACGAAAAUACCCACGAAGGAUGCGAGACUGACCCAGCGGAGGUCGUGAGAGAAAGGACCAAUCUAAGUGCCCGGUUGAGAAAGGGCGUCAGGUAGAGAGGGUAAAAGGGCAGACUCGCUAAUGGUUUCACUGAGGAAGCAUCUCAGUAUCAGCUGAUCGUCACCACCCAGUGGUAGACGGGCUGGCAAACGUUGUGAAAGCCGUAAAUGUGUUCGUACAGUGUAUCCGGAACGGCAGGCGCGGCUACACUAUUCUUAACUUCUGACCCUAUUGAUAAUCUUACGAAUAGUUUGACUAGUCUGUAUUUUGUUUCAACUAUACAACGAUCGGUCUUCGGUCGGGAUUGAAGUGUCUUCCUUUGUAGUAGUCAGGGGCAGCCUGAAGUGGCUGCCUAAUUUUAUGGUUGUGAAAUUAUCUUUUAAACGACAAUCGCCAAUACCGUAGGGUUAAUAUAGGAAAUGUACGCUGCUUGUUGAAAAUUGACAUUGAGUAUCCAUGACAGAGGCAAAGCCGGUUUGCCCAUACGGAUUUUGACUGAAGCUGCGGUAUGUGUCCGCUGGACUAAGACUUUAUUGAAGAUCGAGGCCGGCAUCUACAUCAUCUAAUGUUCGAUGGUUCUUCCAGUGUUCGAAUGAAACCAGGUGUUCGGUGCCACUCUUCUCGGAUAUGUGCAUAGAAGCGUGUUUAUAUCGCACUAUAGAGUCGUCGUUGUUGUCAUUACGUGAACGUGUCCAAGUUGUAAGUCGCGAAACUCAUCGCAAUAAGAAGCAACACAGAGGCGAAAGGGAACCGAGAUUGGCGGCAAGUAUCGGCAUAUUUCUCUUACCCACGCCGUCUUUGUUUUCGAAUUGGAGGUAAGCGUACGUGAUGUGGAUGCACGUGGCAUUAAGGCGAGGAGCAGGUGGCUUUGCAGGGAGAACAGCUCCUCUUUUUGCCUAUUCACGGUCUGCUGAAUGCACACGAAGCAAUAGUGGAUUUAUACAGCGGCGAUCUUUCACUGCACGCCUGGGGGAAGGGCUAGCCUUCGCAGGGCGGGUUGCAUGCUUGCACAACUCGGCAGCAUUGACGAGCGUUAAAAAACUUCUGGUAGACGACGACGCGCUUAUCACUCGCCAACAGGCCAAGGACCUUAUUUACAGACUGCAUCAGAAAGAGCGUCGAAUUCUUCUCGAAGAGCUGGAACGGAACAAUAUAUUGAAUGACGACGAAGUAGCACGUACGAAUCGGCCAACGGUAGCUCAGCUGCGUGCUAUCUGCGUUCACAAUGCGCUGCCGUUUAUUGGAUUCGGGUUUCUCGACAACUUUAUCAUGAUCUGCGCGGGUGACUAUAUCGAUAUGACAUUGGGAUUGACGUUCGGCAUCUCGACAAUGGCAGCCGCCGGUCUGGGAAAUGCUAUAUCUGACGUUGCGGGAAUCGGAUCAGCAUGGUACGUGGAAAGAAUCGCGUGUCGCAUUGGCGUUCAAGUGCCCAUUUUGACUGCCGAGCAGCUCAAUAUGACCUCCACACGGAUCGUUAGCAAUUUCGGUCGCGCGUUCGGUGUAUUCAUUGGAUGUUUGCUCGGCAUGUGUCCUCUGCUGUUGAUUGAUAAGACAAAUAAAGAUGGUGAAAGUGAAGUUGACGACGUUAAAAAAACGGAAAAUGGUAACACCGAUCGAAAUUACAUACAUGAUAGCGGCAGCAGGGCCGAUAUCGACUCAAAAAGGUCCAAACACCGGGACGAAAAAAUUGUCGCUCCGAGAUGACCGCCAUUACUUCAAAAUCACGACUAGCGGCAGGAUGAAGUCAACUCAGUUCCACCAUGACGAUGAUAGUGCCACCGAAUAUCUUCACUACACGGCUCAAGCGGCUCAGCGAGAUAUACGUUUUUGGUAUCGAUUAGUCCAAUUAACUUUUGUAUCUAGUUGAAGAUUUUUCGAAAAGCUUUCGUGUUAUAUUGUUACGUUCCGCCUGUUACAUACAAUACGAAAACGCACCCGAAAGCCCGAACAACUAGCUGCUGAAAGAAGGAACGUAGAAGAAGCGACCAUUGAUUAAUGCAUUGUCGGCAACGACAACUAAAUGACAAUAGAUAAACAAGACUGUAUCGCGUAAAGAGAAAAAAAUUUAGUUUGAUGUAAAUCUUCAUGAACAUUCAGCUAGAGAACAUCAGCUCUUCGCUCCAAGUAACAAGAGCCCUGUACCCUCUCACACAUCGAAACAUCUCAUCGUUUGCGUAUCGGAUGAACAAAUAUACUCGGUCAAGCUAAUUAUGACUGACUAAUAAAAUAGAACACUAUAACUAUUCUUGUUAACUGUAAUGUAUAGUAGAGCAUCGGUCGCUGCUUAAUGAUAUAAUCAAAUUAUGGAAAUCAUUCAUCAGCCGUCUUUCCACCGAUCGUAUUUCAAAGUGUGGCGCCAUUGUUACUCCGUACACUAGAAAACAACGGGGUCGGCUCGAUAGUUCGAUCUUCACCGCUAAUCCUACAGCAGCACUUCUGAUGAAUGUGUACGUCUUAUACACUUGCGUAUAUGAUUAACGAGCUUCAGAAAAGCUUGACCACAUUACGGGGAAAGCCCUUUGCUAGUCCGUCAGUGAAGCUUUACCGACUACUAACAUUUACAUGUAAAAAACAUCGUAUCUGAUACAAGUAAAUGAGCCGCAUUGAUAAGGAACCGUAUUGUGAGAGGCAAGAAUAUGGUAUUAUAAACAAACAAAUUAAAUUUACUGAGGAAGUAUAAAAUGACCAAGUGAGACUAACAACCAGAGCUCAGCCUAACGGCUAGAGAAGGUAGGCAACUUCAGGUGAACUCGGCAACGGCGGGCUGUGCUCGUAGAUCUUUUAAAGAUUGAACUUUUUGCUAUAUUUUAGUUUGGCAGAUAACAAACGAAUAGAGGGAUUAAUUGGUUUUCCUUGGAUAGCAUUGCUGUUCCUCAUUCACUCUGCAGAUGUUAAGAUGAAUAGACUUAGGCAACGUUUGCAAAUAUUACUACUAUAUGACCAAUUUAGGACGCUAUUCGUCCAAUAUAAUGUUGUUUCUAACUCGAAACAGCUAUAUGGCUGGGUAAAUGGACUCCCUACCGUAGCUGGAUAGCUAUUUGAUUUGCUACCGGCUAUAUGAGUAUAGUAUAUACAAAUAGAGUGCAUUCAUAGUUUUUUUUGAGCAGUUUUGGGUUGAUUAUUACGGAGCCCUACGAAGGAGUCUGCUUAUCGCCUGGUAAAAUAAGGUUAUGCUCUUUUUAUUCAGUUUAUUUACCUUUAGUGGGUAGCGUAUAGGAAGCGUUCAAUUCAGGCUUAAAUUGAACAAUAGAAGCUUGUUACUUUUAACAAACGGCUUUUAAGCAGUAGAGAAUCGUUACGGCAAUAGCUUGAUCUUGGCAUGCGUAUGUCAACAUUACAAUUCUAUUACUAAAGACAAUUUGAAUUGUUCCGUUCGUUAGCCCUGAGAGUUAGUAAGACAUUUCUCAUUGUAAAAAGAAAAACGUAAAUCUUAAAGCUGACCAACUUACCUUAGAAACGUUCCGCCACUUGAUAUCACUAUGCUUGUAGUAUGGAUCGCAAACUUAGACGACUUGAUGUUAAAAAAUGCCCGUACGAACCUGGGAAGCCCGCUAAUCUAAAACGAAACGAUCCGGAAAACGUUUCAUUAAUUCAACGAGACGUAAAACGUGCUAAAGGUACCAGAAUAUUUGAGCUGGAAGUUAGUUGUUUCUAUGAAAGUUAUAGAUACCCAUCGAUACGUUUUGAAUCUUCCGUUUAGUCUGUCCGUGUAGAUCAUUCUGGACUUCUUCGUUGUGACAAAAAUCGGCUAGCAGUUGUUAUAUUACUCAAUGCCUCGCGCAUAGGGAAGUGCAAGUUAUGCUAACCUAAAGACUUUUCUAAAAUUUGACUGCCAUAAGGCCGCCCGAUCUAUUUGGGAACCUAAUUAAGAUUGUCGAUGUGAUAGAAGAGAUGGAAGAGAACCAAAUUUGGCUUUGUCUCUCUUUCUGUGUAAAAUUUGUUUACAUUAUCUGUUGCUAAUUAACUCUUGCGUGAACAACAAAUCAAAUGCCAUUUAGAUUUUUCGGCUAUUGUUAUUAUAUUUUGUCUAGUUAGCGCAAAGCCCUAUUACAUACUCGUAUAUGUACUGAAUGUUUAAUGAUGCUUUCAGAUCUAGAAACAGAGAUCAUGCACUUCCCGUAAUAGCAUAGUGGGUAAUGUAUUCACCUGCUAACCUUAGGGACAUGUGGUGUAUAGGAACUCAAACUGGUUCGAGGCAGCCAGCCAGCCAGCCAGCCAGCUGUGUGAUCAACUGCCUAAUGGCGAUACCUAAUAUAAAACCUGAAUCUAUGUUGUAUUAAAAAUGAAAUUUUCAACUUUAUCGACCGAUCAAAAAUUUCGUUAGAAAAAAAACCUUCCUUUUCUUAAUCAAAUUAAUUUUCUUAAGAAAAUCUUUUUCUACGAAUAUAAAAUCGUUGUGUGAACCCUUAGUACAUAAAAAAAUUCACGGAUUUAUCCAUGGUGCCCAGAAUUUACCACUGGCGUACUCUUUCCUAACUGGCUACGCCACCGAACUCUUGAGCAACAUCGUUGUGUUUAUUGCCUUGGAAAGCUUGUUUACAAAACGAGUCUGCGUUCAAUACGUGCUCUUAUGUCAAAUUCAUUCAUUUACUGCUUGUCAUAUUCAGUAAAGCUUGACGUUGCAUCAGGAAAAUCUAUAGAACCGUUUGUCGCACCUUUGUUUGCUAAAGAUAUUCGAGGACGGAAAACACAUGAAUUAGCCAUAAUAAAUGCCUAGUUCUACCUACACAGUAUAUAGAUAAUACUCCAAAUAUAGAUAAUACACCAAAAAAAAACGUCAUAUCGAGGACACAAUCUUCAGGGUGAUGUUGUGAAACUUCCACAUUUUCUAUUCUGAAGCAAGAUAACGCUACUGCAUGUAACGCUUCAACAAAUCACACAUAGCACGCGUCUAUAGAAUAGUAAUAACUAAAGGAAUCGGGGACUGAAAAAGAAGUUCUAUAUUAGCAAACAAUAUUUAAAUAAAUGUAUAAAACAGGUGGACCACAAUAUAGUAACUUAUAUUAGAACGAGGUGAAGUUUCUCUAGCGGUGCUAAUUACUAUUGAUAUUGGUGUAGGUUUGAGCAAUGCUAUACCAGACCUACAUACACAUGGAAUGAUGCAUGUGGGAACGCUCUGAAAUCAUCUGCACCAAAUUCUACAACUUUAUAUAUAUAUAUAUACACCCCAUAUUAGGGAUAUAUGUUCUGCAUUUGUACGCUCUUAUUACAAUAGCUGGAAUUCGGUUCCGUACCAAGCGCUAUUCCUUUCUUUUUGGGUGUUUAUUGAGAUCUAAAACAUAAUUAAGCCACAGGAAACAAGCUAAAUAUGAGCAAUACAUGAGCUGGCGCAAAACACGCUUUGCAUUUUUCUGCGAAAAAAAAAACGGCGCAAGCAACGACGUGCAAGGCGAGGUAUUAUUGAUGCAAAAGAUUGAUUUAAAAAUUGAGGCUGAUUUUCAGCUUUACUUAGUCCUCGCGAUAAUAGUUGAUAACAUCAAGCGUAGAAGUAACGACAUUACUUCACAAUGCACAAUUCCGAUAACGGCAAAAGACAUAGAAAUGAAGCUUAGUUUUUUAUCGGAAACUUGCAAUUUUACUUACCGGCUUAUCUCAGAAACGAAAGGUCAUAUUCGUACACCCAUCUUGCUCUCUGUAAAUGUUUCCGAGACAACGGCUGUUGGCAAGUUUACACCUGCUCGAAAGUCGUUUCCUUUUGCACAAACACUGCGAUGAGCUCUCUCUGACCUGCAAAAGAUUUUUGAAAAUCUUCCGACAUGACCCCUAUGAAAAGCUAGCUCUUCCUGAAGAUGAUUUGACAAUUCUCGAAGCAUGCAUUGCUCUUUGCUUCCAUGGUUUUUCCGUGCGACCUGUCCAUCGCGAAGCCCUUAACACCGCCUGUAGGCUGAUUGGCGCCUUGAUUUCAAACAGCGCCACUUGCGAGCAUUUGACCAUAUUCUUAAUGCUGAUACAUGCCGUCGGUACUUCAUUCGCACUUUUUUGAAGAAGCGAAACAUUCGCGGGCGAAAGGCAUUCAUUUUACAGUGAUAGAAAUAUUCAAAGCCCACGUUCCAGUGCUUUAAGGUUUGACUUUUAGACAGCGAGCAGGUAAGGUUUAGCAUCCUAAGUUCGGUUACAUGUCGGCUUCCCGCCAACGUUAGCCAAACAUUUUACUGAUGCUUUUUUGAUGCAGUAAUAUACAUGGAAUACGUAUGUCACACGUAUAUAUAUAUAUAUAUGCAUGCGGAGUAUUGUAAUGAUAUGUACAUAGUCUGAAUGAUAAUAACUUCAUCUUUUGUUUACGUUUAAUAGGUAUUUAGAUUACCAAAUUAUUUACAUAAAACGUAUAAGUUUUCCAUCUACCUCAAGUGUUCAAAGUUGCCACCGUUCUGAUCAAUAGAUUGCUGAUAACGAUCGGCUAUUGAUACACAGACUUUAAAGGAAGAUUUAAUUUGGUGUUGUGGCGCGUUCUGGUUCAAUUACGGAUUUUACAUCAUACAGUGCCGUCGGUUUUCUGGAGUAGAUUAUACCUUUACGGGAAGAAACACACGAGAAAACUCUAUUAGCGUCAAAUCUGAGGCACGGCCAUUAGGUAUUUGUUUGAAGGAUCCUCAGCCAGAUCUCUCCCUUAGAUCAAGAUUGCAGUGUACAGGCGCUUCCAGCUGUCGAAAAUAAAAUGCGCCAUUUUUUGGGAAGUCGUGGUAAACUAGCUUUAAGUAAUCGUUAAGAAGAAAAGUUCCGAUUAAUUAAUUAAUCUGCUUGAAAUGGAAGAAAUAGUUUCUGCUGAGCUUACAUACGGUUUUCGCGUAAAAUGGUGCAUUUACAGGUACUCGAUAGGUGUAAUUCUCUCGAUUGACUGCGUCAUUUAAUUUUAGUAUAGCAUACAAGAGGUACGCAUUAUAUAUAUACAUAUCACUCGUAGCUCAUAAAUACGCAAAAAAUCCGACAGGUAAGAUAGGAGCAAGUGGGUGGACCUCUGUAUUAGACAUGAUGCUAUUAUUCAUUCAUCUGGAAAGAUCCAUGACGGCAAGUUACUUGGUUGGUGAUAAAUGUUGAAAAAGAGCAUGUUAAGUUAAACAAACGAUAACAGAAUGAUUGAAUUAAGAUUACAAUAAAGCACUUUAAUAAAAUUUUUCGAAACUCCGUUUAUGGUUCAAGUUGUUUUU